UGUACGAGUUUCGCUAAUGUCUAUACACGAGGUCCUGGACAUGAACUGUCAUCCGGCCACCGUAUAUUACGCUGUACGCCUAAUAUUAUAAUAAUACGAUGACUGUAUACCACGCAAACAAAACGAUACGACACAGCACCACAUCGACGGUCUGUCGUGUGUGCGCAGCUGCAGAUGAUAUUUAGCCGCACGCAUGCAACCGUAGUUGUUAUCAUAGGAAAGCGACGACGACGGGGCGCGCUGGUUUUAUUAUUAUUAUUUUUUUUUUUAUAUCGUUGCGGCUUACAUGCUCACACGCAAUACAAGUAAUAUGAUGUGAUUAUUAUGUUUUACGUUUUUACGGUCUUAGGUUUUAUUAAAUGCGUCGAAUUCGACGGUUUCAAAGGCUGCGUUCUAUAAAUACUCCUGUUGUUCUCAGAAAAAGGUCCGAUAGCUAUCAUAUCUGCAAGUCGUCUGCUGCCGCCGAUUCACGACGAUCCAGUUGAACAUAUUAGAAUAGUAGUGCUAUAAUAUACAUAGCGUAGCCGCGAGCUCGUCCGGCCGCUGCAGCACCGGUUACCGCGGUAUAUAUUAUAAUAUCGUAUACGAAACCGCGGUCGAUUCGUGUGCGUAUACCUGCAGCGGGUGGUCACGCGAUGUCCGGUUUCAACGCGGUGGCGUUGUUGAUGGCCGCCGCGGCGGCCGUGGUGUUCGGCGCCGGCGACCGUUGCACGGCGGCGGCCGGUGCGGACGCGCCCGCGGCCCUGGCCGCGUACACGCUGAGCGGCCAGAACAUCGAGUGGCCGUGCACGUCCACCAAGAGCGUUUACGCGGACACCGGCCGGUACGUGGCCAAGAACGUGAUCGCCACCAGGGCCCAGGUGUGGGGCGACCGGGCGUUCGUGCUCACGCCCAGGUUCCGGUCCGGCGUCCCGUUCACCGUGUCCACCGUCCGGCUGGAAUGCGAGCAAAGGUGCUGGCCCAUGCUGUCGCCGUACCCGUGCUGGGCGCUGCACGACGAGGGCGACCCGAACGCCAUACAGAACGCCGUCGACAUAUACCUGGACCCGACCGGCUUGCUGUGGGUGCUCGACAGCGGGUUGGUCAACACCGUGGAACAGCCGGUCCGCCGGACCCAGCCCAGGAUAUUCGCCAUAGACGUCAAAACCGACAAGGUAGUCAAGCAAUUCGACUUGUCGGGGCUGGUGUGCUCGGCCAGCCGAUUAAACUACAUCACGGCCGACUACGGAGAUGAUGGCAGGGCGUUCGUGUACGUGUCGGACGCAGCCACGCGGGCGGUGAUCGUGUGGGAGGUGGCGGCGAACCGGAGCUAUCGGGUGGUGCUGCCCAAGGCGAUCACGCACGACUGCACCGGCCGGCGGGACGUGCUUUACAUCGCACUGGCGAGGGGAUCGGCAGCGGGCGGCGGCGGCGGCUCCCUGUACCUGACGUACUUGACCAGCAACCGCAUGUACAGGAUCGACACGUGCAACCUACGGCAGGGUUGCUCGGAGGGCACCGUCGUCGACCUGGGCCCGAAGCCGGAAAAGAUAGUCCUCCUGGGCACGGACGGCCGGACUACCGUGUACUUCCGGUAUCGGGGCCAGGGCGACGUGUACGCUUGGGAUACGGACCGGCCCGGCGACGGCGCGUCGUUCGGCCCCGAUAGGUUUGCGUUGGUCCGGAAAGCCGACGACUGCGGCCGGUUGGCCACGCACGUGGCACCGGACAACCAAGGCGGCGUCCUCUGGAUACUCGAGAGCAACUUCCCCGACUACGUUUCCGGCGCAGUAGGUUGUCUGGGCGCCAAUGUCCGCUUGCAGCCCCUCGUCGCCCAGUGUGGCAAAUAAUGCAUAUUAUAACGGUUAGUGAACGACUUCCGGCUGCUACCAAACAUCCCGUUUUUAAUAUGUUCCGGUAAAACAUUUCACUGCAUAGCCAAUGUUUAGAUGCGUUUUUUUUUAUUGUAGGAAAUAACAUAUUCUUAAAUUUCAAGCAGUUUUUAUCGUGUCCAAUAAAUCUAUUUGCAUAACUACUGUGAAUUAUAAUAUUAAAAAUUAUAUUGCCAAACUCGAAUAAUACACACAUAGCUCUCUUGCAGUAGAUUUGAUUUAUGUAAAUAUUAAAUAUGUUAAAGGUUAAAUUAUAGAUUCCCAUUAAACGUGUUAAAAUAAUAUAGUAAUGUAAGUUGUUAAAUUUAAACGAGAAGUACAUAGGUAAAGAAACGUUUAACGUAUUUAAUUUAAUACAUAUUUAUGGGGGACAAGUAGGGUUAUGUAUAUUAGGAAAAGCUACACGUUACAUACAUGACAUAUUAUAAUGUAUAUUUGUUAUUUUUUUUUUAGAUAUACGUGUCGAAUAUUAAUAUUUUAAAUCAUUAAUUAUCAUUAUUAUAAUAUUUAUUAUGUAUUUAUUUUAUUCAUAUAAAUUGUAUAACAAAAAAAUCAACUUUCACGUCUUUAACUAUUUAUUCAAAAAGAUAAAAUCAAGAACUCGAUUUAAGACUAGAUUAAGUACAUUAUAAUAAUAUUAUAAUAUUAUAGUAAAAGUAUUGUAACUUGUACGAAAAAUAAAUAUAUAUUAUGCACUACUUAACAAUAAAA